AUGUCCAAAAUCGCAUCCACUUUCUCGCGCCUCGUGCGCUUUCACCCCAAGUCCAAUCUAUCGAAGAUCUUGAUUGGUGAACCUAUAGAUCACACGAUCGAUGUGGGAUUGGCUGUUUAUCAGGGGAAGGAGGUCACUGUCCGGCCAUUUUCAGGGACGUCAGUUCUCAACCCGGGGCAGAAGGUUGAGUCGACCGAAACGAUCGGACGGAUUCUAUCGCCAUUGUCGCAGAGUGAAGUUGGGUCCAUUCGCUGCAUUGGUCUUAACUAUGCGUCGCAUGCGGAGGAGAUGAAGCUAGCUAUUCCAAACCUUCCAACCUUGUUCAUUAAGCCGUCGACAGCUCUCGCCGAUCCUUGGCCCGCUCCUACUAUUCUCCCCAGGAUCACGCAGGUCGACAGCACCGGGGACUAUGAGUCGGAGAUGGUGAUUGUGAUUGGUCGCGACGCAAAAGAUGUCAGCGAGGAGGAAGCUCUAGAUUACGUCCUUGGAUAUACAGCUGCGAACGAUGUCUCCAGUCGGACAUCGCAGAUGAAUCAAAGCCAGUGGUGCUUCUCCAAGGGAUUCGAUACUGCUUGUCCGAUUGGUCCGGUCCUUGUUUCCGCUGCACUGAUGCCCGAUGCCUGCCAAUUUCAGAUCCGCGGGCUAAAGAAUGGAAAGGUCCUUCAGAACUGCCCUCUUACCGAUCUGAUCUUCAAUGUGCCUAAAUUAGUUAGCUUCCUGUCGCAAGGUACGACCUUGCCUGCCGGAACCAUUAUCUUGACCGGUACUCCUCCAGGUGUGGGAGCAGCGAAGAUCCCGAAGGAGUUCCUACAAGCGGGAGACGAGUUUGCGGUCGAGUUAAGCCCGUAUGUUGGAACUCUCAUUAACAAGAUCGAGAACCAAAUAUGA